AUGAAGAAUGCCUUGAAUUGCACGCCAGCCUUCCCAAGCGACCGCUCUGAUAUGUCUCCAUCCCAAAGCAAUCAACGUGCAGGAUCAGAUGAGAGCGUUGACGCAGACGAAAGCGAUGCAGACGAGAGCGAUGCAGACGAGAGCGUCCAUAACGACUCCAACAGCCAAAGAGCCGAUAACUGA